AUGAAGCGGAGGCAUGAGCCUAGGCCGGCCCUCGGUGGAGCAGGUGAGGCGGUACCAGGUGGGAUGGCAGCCUAUCCCGCGGGCCGUCCCGGACGGCUCCAACGCCACCUCCAGAGCGGCGAGUUCGACCAGCUGCGGGACUUCCCCAUCUUUGAGAGCAACUUCGUGCAGGUGACCCGCUUAGGAGAAGUUGCCAACAAGGUCACCGUGGGGGUGGCAGCCUCCAGUCCAGCCCUGGAACUCCCAGACCUAUUGCUGCUGGCAGGCCCCACCAAGGAGAACGGACACCUGCAGCUCUUCGGGCUGUUCCCCUUGCAGUUCGUCCAGCUCUUCAUCCACGACGAGAGCCGCUGCCAGCUCAAGGUCAAGUUCCGCACCGGCCGCGCCUUCUACUUGCAGCUGCGGGCCCCGCCUGAGACCCGAGACCGCGAGUUCGGCCAGUGGGUGCGGCUGCUCUACCGCCUGCGCUUCCACGCGGCCCACGGAGCCGUGCCCUUCACGCAGGAGGACUCGCUCCACGCCAUGGAAGCCAGGCUUGAGCCGCAGACCUCCGAACUCUGGGGACUCUGAUUCUUCCCACACCUUUCGAGGUCACCAAAGGACUAGAGAUCAAAGUACAUUGCCUCAGGCCAGAGAGAUGAAUUAUUCAAGUUAAUAAAGAUCGGCCACUUGAGAACCAA